AUGUCAAAUCAACCGCCUCCUCCAUUUGGUGGCCACCAAAGCUAUGCGCAACAGUGGCCGCUACCAUUUCCUUCGAUGAUUCCUCCAAACUUUGCCCCAAAUUCGGAAUCGCAAGCUACAGGACCACCACCCUUACUCGACCCUUCGCAGGCUUUUGAGUAUAACCUGGGCAUCGCCAACGCCAACUCGCGUCAACCAGCUCAGGGCAACUCUGGCGAUCCGAGCAUCUUUCUACCUCCUCAGUUCCCAUUUAUGGGCCAGAUGGACCUAUCACAAUUUGUACCGCCGUUCCCCCAAAUGCCUCUCCCUCCGUUCGGGUUUCCACCAAUGCCAGCACCGCCGGGGUCGUCCAGCAUUCCGCCAGUGUCCAUGAAUUCCCACGGAGCCGUCGCAACCAACGCCUCCAGUUCUCAGAGUCGAGUUGGAGAUGUUGAGAGCCCAUCAGACUCAAAUCGCGAGGAGGGUGAAGUUAGCGAAGGAGAGAUCAGGCAACCUGUCAAUGGUACAAAAACUAGGGCGAGUCAUGCAUCCGCUGCUCAACCCGGGAGCUUAGAAGAGGGCGAAACAUUUUCUUCACCGUCAUCAGCUUCGACCAGAAGUAGCUCACCCUACAACCCCCCUCUGUCGGUUUCUGCGGACGCAGACGUGGUCAAUCGCGCAAUAGAACUGCAGAAACAGGAUGCAGCAACACCGAAGUUGGAUGUUUCUCCACCUUCCAAAUCUGCGGCGCAGCUCCGUGUUCAGGCACAGGGGGCUCUGCUAAGCCUAGCACCUCACAAUAUUCGGUAUAACGAGUUGGUGGCCGAGGGUAUCAACCCAGCGAUCCUGAAAAAAUUAUAUGAAGAGGUCGGUAUCAGAGUCGCGACUCCCCAACUUACGAAACCGGCAGCCGUGGCGCCGGCUGAGAAAACCGCGAAGCCCGAACUUCCUGUGCAAGUCCAAAGACCAAAGGAGACGACUCAACCCGACAAGAACAAUAUCCCGCCACCGCCUGCUCCUAGCGCCGCGCCGUCUGAUACUAGCAAACCUAUGGAAAGAAAGGAGCUCAUUGCUCAAAUGCUUGCUGCUAAAGCUGCAAAGGCUUCUCGACCCAAUACUCCUAAAGAAGUAUCAGGAGAAAGUCAACCAGCGGCAGCUGCACAUAGUCCAUCGGUUACUCCUUCCAGUGAGAAGGCCAAGGAGAAUGGAGCAGCUGUGAAGGAGAAGAACAAGGCUCAAACAGAAUUAGCUCGGCAGCGAAUUGAGGCUCUCAAGAAACAAGCAUUGUUGAAAAGCCAACAAAGGGCUCAACAGCUCAGCCAGGCGUCCCAAGAGGAGAAGCCUCUGAUGCCCUCGGGUCAUUCUGCACCAGCUAUCCAUCAUCCACUCCCUGUCCGCCCACCUGCUCCUCAUCCUUCUGACACCGCUGGAAUUCCAGGUCUUUCUUUGACCGAACCGAAUCCAGAGGUAGAAUCACAAUCUUCCAGUGGAGGAUCAUCGGGUAUCGCUGUUGACUCAACUCCAUUGGCUAGAGCCAACCAGCGCAAACGGCCCCGGGCGUCUGAUUUUGAUGAUGCAGGCGCCAUCCCAAAAAAGCAUUUCCAAGCGCCAGCCCCGUACGUUCGUCAAGAUUCUGAUAAACUUAUCAUUCAUAUCAGUGAUGACGAAUCUUUAUACGGAGAUGACGAAGGUGAGGAUAUGGAUGUAGAUUCAAGUCCUGACCAAGAUUCCGCGCCUGCGACUAUCAGCACGCCUCUUGAGAUUCCUCGACUUCAACUCCAAAGAUCCGUCCCGGGUACAAGGGCUUCUACGUCUACCCCGCAAGCGUCAACACGUCCCAGUGAUCAAGAGCAAAUGCGUCAGAAGACUCUUGAAAUUCAAGCUCUACAUCGAAAGAUUGCCGAGAUGGAGGAGCGACGGAAAGCAAAGCUUGCGGCGAGCCGAACUCAAUCUCCGCGCACGCUGGAAGAUUCGGCUCCUGCAUCUGCUGCUGUUUCUGCAGUUUUUGUUGAGACGCCACCAGCGCCCCCAACCACCGAUAUCGGGGAAGUAAAGGAGGCAAACACUAUGCCAGAUGUGGACAAACUUCGUCAACAGACGGCAUUGAAGCAGCUACGCCUUGCCGCACAACAAGCAGCAGUCACACAGUCAGCCGCAGCUUCAGAGGACAUCGUGAUUCCAGAUGCGGACGCCCCAGCAGUGACUACUGCCAAGGAAGAAGUCGCAGCUGACCCUGCCUCUCACUGCUCUGAAUCGGACUUUUAUGCCGACGAGCCUACAAAUGUUGAUACAGUGAAGGGCUUGAAUGAGGCCCAUGCACCUUCUCAACUCGAUGCCACUGGUUCUGUCCUGGAUGAGUCCGAGGAUCAUUCCAGCUCCAGCGAUUCUAGUUCUGACGACUCUGACUCCGACCAUUCUGAUUCCGGCAAUUCUGAUUCCGGCAAUUCUGUUUCUGUUUCCGGCGAAUCUAAUUCCCACGAGGAUUCAGCUAGUGAGGAAGAAGUUGAGGAGUCAGAUGCAGAGGCCAUGGUGGGCACGGCUCAGAUAGCGGACGAUGGUCAGAUGCAAAUUGACACUCCAGGGCAUGCUCUGCCUGACCGACCACCCGUUACUGCGAUUGAAGAUGAAGCUGAAGCCGUCGAAGACGAUGCCGAAGACAGCUUCGAUGACAUUGAUGAGGACGAAUCUGAAGCCGAAUCCGAAAGAGAAUCUGAAGUUGAGCCUGAAAACGAGUUUAAAGACGAGCCUGAAGACAAGCUUGAAGACGAGGAAGACGAGUACGAACCCGCUGACCACAAUGGUCAGGAGGGUGACUUGUCCGAUGCCGAAUCUUCUGCGGAGUCACAAGCCUAUGAACCUCCGGAGCCGGACACUGGCGCGGAAUCGCCUCACUCGACCUACAGCCCGCCUCCCCCUGCCCCCCUAGAAGAUACUGCAGAUGUGGACCCUCUGCUUGAUAUAUCUCGAAUUGAAAAACCACUAACGGAGACCCCUCGGGUGUCCUUUCUAGAGGCAAGGCCAGUAUAUCAGGGGUCGGAUGCGGAUAUCCUUGGUGCUAAAUCUUCGCCCCAAACCUCAGUGCCAAAGUUCUCUCCCUACGUCAGUCCCUUGCGAUACUUCAAGGCCUAUCGCUACCACCCUCGCUACACUGAAGAGGUUUCGGACGGCUACCGUUCGCUGACUUACAGCCAUGAAAUCGAUUCGAUGAAAUCUUUUUGCCCAUUCGAAUUGGCCGGUGGUGUGUGCAAUGAUCGGUCCUGUGAAUUCCAGCACUUCCGGGACAUGAGUCUAAGCGGUGCGUCGACAAAUUAA